CACAGAUGAAGACACGACACAUUCACGGAGCAGGACAGAGACAGUAACAGUGUGCAACAGAACAGGAGCUUUAAUAUCUUUCUGAAGUAGAGUUGGUGUAGAGAUCUUUAAGUGUGAACUCAGGAUGAAGAUCCUCCUCAUCUUCACCCUCUGUCUGAUCCGAGACGGAGGAGCCACAAAGGAAGUAACAGGAUAUUCAGGAGGAGGAAUUCUUAUCAAGUGCAAGUAUGAUACAGAAUACACACAAAAUGCAAAAUAUUUCUGUAAGGGUUCAUGGGCAGCCUGUUUUGAACAAGUAAAGACAGAAAAUAAAAACCAGUGGGUAAAUUCAGGAAGAUUCUCACUGUUUGAUGACAACAAAUCAGCAGAGUUCUGGGUGAUGAUCAGAGAGCUCAUUGUACAGGACGCUGGGAUGUACCACUGUGGAGUUGGUAGAGAUUUAUUGAUGGACAUUAACACAUCAGUGGAACUGAAGGUUAAGAAAGGGUCCUUGGUCUCUAGAGACGUGACUGCAUAUGCUGGGACAAGAAGCAACAUCAAGUGCAAAUAUGAGGAUGAAUACAAAGACAAACCUAAAUCCUUCUAUAAGAUAAAAGAGACAGAUCAGUGGAGUUUUAAUCAAAUACGUACAAAAGCAAACAGUGAAUGGUCACAUAAUGGCAGAUUCUCAAUUCAUGACAACAGAAGUGCAGGAUUCUUUAGUGUGUUUAUCAGAGAGCUGAAUAUGGAGGACACUGGAACAUACGCAUGUGGUAUUGCUGUGACUAAUGAAAUAGAGAUCCACACUAUAGUGAAUCUGAAUGUAACAGAAGGUGAGGAGCUGAUAAAACUGUUGUCUUCAUUUUUAUACAUAAACAUAUCAGAAUUAUUGCAAAGGUCAAAUGUUCCUUUGUAA